AUUUCUACAUUUGAGUAGUGACGUGUUUUAGGUUAAUAUUUUAGAAAUAAAAUAUUAAAUUUAGCUUUUAACUAGGACUUGACCUAGGAAUUAUGUAUAAAAACAAAUAAGUAUCAAUAUAAGUGUCCAAUGACUAAUAUUGGGUAUGCAUAUGCUACGAAAAUAUCGGGAAAAGGCUAAAAAUCUGCCUUCCAGUAUUUACCAUAAUGCAGAUAAGAACGAAAACAGUAAAAUAAGUAACAAAACGGACACUGAUAGUGAAGAUGAAGCCAACGCAGAUUUAAUCUUUGAAGAUUCAGUGAAUGAAUAUAUAUUAAAAAUGGUAAAUUUCAUAAAGGAACUUGCAAUAUUUUGUUUUAUAUUUGCAGCGUAUGCUGCUAUUACUCACGACCCCCCAAAAGUAUCAAAGUCGCCUGCUGCAUAUCCAUUUUUCCCAACAAAUUCUGUUAUUAAAGAUUUUUAUAGAGGGCAAAUUCUUGAAGCAAUUGAACAGGCGAGAAGCUCUGAUUUUUCAUUUCUAAUGUUUUAUGCCCCUUGGGAUGCAGAAAGUCAGGCUGCAAAGGCAGAAUUUCUGAAAACAGCUAAUUAUUUAAAGGAGAAUGUUGCUUUUGCUGCAGUAAAUUGCUGGCAACCUGGCAGUACUUGUCGCAAUCAGUAUAACAAAGUUUUUAGAUGGCCUGUUCUUAUUGCUUAUCCUGCUUUUGGUAAUGGAAUUCAAUACAAUGGUCCUAUAGAAAGUUCUCAUAUGAUAAGUUUUUUACAGAAACUUAUGAAACCUGUUAAGAAAGCAUCUGAAAUAAUUUUAGAUUUUGAAGAGGCUUUUAUAAUUGCAGAAUUAAAUACUUUACCUGGUAGUGAAGAAUAUUCAGUGUACUAUUCAACAGCUUUGAAGUAUUUAGAAAAUGAUCCAUUAGGAAGAAUUAGCUUCUUCGUAAAGCCUGUUAAAAAAACUAAAAAUCAGUUAAGUUUUUACUUAUGGCAUGAAGUUAAGAUUUUAGAUUUAAAUCAAAGCGAUUGGAAAGUUGAUGUAAUUAUGCAAUGGAUAUUAAAAAACAUUUACACAACUAGUUCUUGGACAUUACCUAGCGGAUCGAAAAGUUUGGUGCUGUCAAACUUUUUACAACCAGGACCGUCUUUAAUCCUCUUUACACCAAUGAAUCCUUUUUACGGAUUUUCAGAUUACUACAUGAUGCUGCAAGAAAUAUCUCAGGAAUAUGCUAACUGUAAUAAUUAUGCACCAAAUUUUGACAUGAAAUCAAAAAGAUUGGAUAAUUAUUUAACUUACAAGCAUUUAAAAAAGAUAUGUAAAAGCCAAAUAUAUGGUGAAAAGCAAAAAGAUGUCUUAUCUGUAACAACCAAUUUGGUAUUUUUUAAUGAGACCUAUAAUGACAGAAAGAAGAAAAAUAACUUAAAUUUAUAUGAAGAUAUUAAAUCUGAAAAUUGCUAUGAUAUAUUUCCCCAGACGUUUAAGAACUUUAGAAUGAUUGAGGCCAGUUCAUCCAUUUCAAGAAAAGAAAUUAAGACGUCAAUGUUAAGAGAUGAAUUUGAUCCAAAGUCUAUGCCGAAUCUGAAGAAAAAUCAGUAUAAUAAUAAAUGCAAAAACUUAUUAGAAGCUGAAAAACUGUUUAAACCUAUUUUUGAGCCAGUAAAUUUGGAAUCUGUAGAAUUGUCUGUAGCUAAGCUUGGAUGUUCAAAUCAGACAUUAGAGUUUGUUGCUCUAAAUAGUUUAAUUUAUUAUAAUUUUGCUGAGCGUCUAGGACUUGACCUAUUUAGUAAAAAGGAUAGAAGUGGUGUUGUGAUUGUACAUCAAAAGUUGGAGAGUCACUAUGUGAUGAAAAAUGCUGUAACGAGUACAAAUAUAAGAAGGUUUAUUAGGAACUUUACAAAUAAUACGUUAAUACGUUCCACAGAUACAAUUUCAGACAUUACUUCAGUUACUACUCGAUCUUAUCACUUUAAUAAAACUAUUCAAAGAUCCAAACCUAUAUAUGUUAAAGAAUUAACUAGCAAAAACUUUUUAGAUGUUGUAUUAAAUGAGGGGAAGUCUGUAUUAGUAAUGUACUAUUCCAAACAAUGUUCUUAUUGUAAUGGAAUUUCUUAUAUAUUUUUGACCUUAGCUAGAAAGUUAUCCUUCGUAAAAAAUCUUCAAUUCAGAAGGAUAGAUGGAGACAUAAAUAUCCUACCUUGGGAAUAUACUAUGGAUGCCUUUCCUACUAUAUUAUUUUUCCCAAUGUUCAAGAAAGAAGAAACGAGAGUCUUUCCAUCAGAUAUCCCAAUAGAUCUAACGAAUUUAUUAGGGUUUGUGUUAAGCAAUUUUGACUCGGUAACCAAACUGAACGCAAUGUACUCUAUUUGUUUGCAUUAUCAACUGGAAAAGGAAAAGAGAAGUUGUUUUACUAGCGUGAGAAGUUAUACCGUUGCUUUAAUAGAACAAAUGCUAAAACAAUGGAGAAAAUCAAAUAACCGCCACCGUCAAAUUGUGUUACAUAAUCUGAGACAACUUAAACAGCUUCAGUUUUUAUUUACACACAAACCCGAGGACUUAAAACUCAUCCAACUUUAUUUCAAUAAACUAAAAUUCGGGUUAACUAACGAUUACAGUAGCAAAUCUAAAGAAUCCAUUAAAACUGAAUUAUGAUUAAAACUAUUCAUAGCGUGUAGAAUUGGUUUAUUAGUUCAGUUUUUUGAAAUAUAUAAUUUAAGAUUCUCAAUCAAUAAGAAUUAAUAUCAAUCAAGGGCGUCGCGUCGCUAACCUACUAUUUUUUAAGGGAGCUAUUCAUUUAGAAUAUGGUUGCCAACCGUCCUCUAUUCCAGAGGACAGUCCUCUUUUUGAUCUCACUGUCCUCUGUUCUCUCCCGUAUUGAAAGUCCUCUUUUUUUACAUACCAAACUCAAAAUCUAAAAAUAUUCUAUCGCCACUAUGCUUUAAAAAUUUGUUAUAAUCUGUAUCUUUCGCUACUCCCACUUUUUUGUACAGAAAAGAAAAUGAAGAAAUAUUUAUGGAAAUUUUUAUUUAUCAGGAAAUAUUUGUGGAAGCGAUAAACAUGUUUAACUAUUUAAUGUUUAAAAAAUGUCUAUACCUCUGUGGCGGAUUCAUCUCUUCAAAAAAGUCCUAUGGGUACUGUUAGCUUAUGUUUUGAAAAAAAAAGUUUUGUUGAAAAUGUUCUUUUUUAUUUUAACAAGUUUUGGAGUAUAAAUAUUUUUAAGAAAGUAAGGGUACAAAUAUAUAGUGGGGCGAUGCUCGCCGCGAUGCAUCCUACGUGCACGUUUUAAUCACUAUGAUUAUUGUUAGUUCCUAGUAGUUAAUACGCAGAAAAAAAAUCGUAGGUGUUUGUGUUUGGGAAGUCUCAAAAGAUAUGUUUUUUGCGACGUUUCGCGAUUUUAUUGUCGCUUUGGUGCCUGAAGAAGCACUGUUGCCUUUAAGCCCUGUUUUAAACGGGUGAGUAAGAACGCGUAGGAUGCCUCGCGGCGAGCAUCGCAUCGAGAUGCCUCACUAUGUAAGUACCCUAGAAAGCCCAUCAAUCGCAUACUGUUGACAUAACUUUUUGGUAAAUUCUAGACAUUAGGUUUCAAAAAAAUGUUUUGCCUCUGCCUCUUUUUUACCCUCUUGUCCUCUAUUUUUUUAUUUUGAAAGUUGGCAACCCUAAAUUAGAGCCAAAAAGCACGAGGUGGUUUAUGGGCGUCGCUGCGCAGCGUCUGUGCAGCCAGCGUCGAUUUUUUAAUGGGAUUUCAAUUAGGGUUUCCAUAAAGGCUUUUGGAAAUUCCGGACAGGUGACCUCAGAAAUCCGAACAAAAUCGGGACGUCGGCGUUGCAAAAA